AUGAAGGAAUGGCAAGAAGGAAAGGAAGCUAUCAAGACCGUAUACAUUCAUGGGGCUCGGAUCUCGAAGCAAGACUCAUCUGAGCACGUGACUGGAAGAUAUGUGUUCACGAUCGAGCUGCAAGGGUCCGAACGACAGCACGUAUUGGCGGUACCGACAGAGGAGCAGAGACAGAAGUGGUGCAAUCUCUUAGAGCAGGCAGUUCAUCCACCAGUCCAUGUUGUCAAAAACUUUUUCCAUGAAGAAGGUGGAGAGACUGGUUUCAACUCUCCUAUUCUUCCACAGAUGUCGCAUUCGCAGCUCAAACCUCAACAGAAUGCCGAUGAGUCAGAAAUUAACUUCAUUGAAGACAAUUCAACUGCAAAACAACUUCUGUUCCAGAGCCAUGAACCCAACGAAGAAAGAGAUGAUGAGAGCUGCGUCGUUGUGAACGUUCCUUUCUGUAACCAAGAGGGUCUAUCAAGAAGUUCUGAUUUGUCUGGGAAUCUAGAAUUCAGCGAAGUGAAGGAAGAAGAAUGCAGCAGAGAGGUUGCUUAUGGAGAAUCAAAGGAAAUUAAGGAUGAAGCAGCAAAAGACAAAGAAAUCAAGAAUCUGAAGGAAAUCAUUCGAUAUGAACAGAAUAUGAGAGAAAUCGAGAUGGAAAAAAAGGACGAUAUUAUCUUCUCUCUAAAGGCUGAAUUGGACAAGAAGAACGAAGUUUUGUCUAUGCUUUGCGCUCAAGUUGAGAGACUUUCAAAACCUCUUGACACAGGCGAGUCACAAAACAACAGCACCUCAGAUCCAGAAGUUGAGAAUCAAUUGCGGUCCAUGAUCACACAAAUACAGACAAUCCAGGAGGUUGUGAUGGGAAUAAGUGGAGAGCUUGGAGACGAAGAAUCUCGUGCAGGUCUUGAGGAUGAUCGGAGUUCCCUCACAUCUCAAGGUGAUGGAGAAGACGAUGAGAUUCAAGACGAGAGGGUCAGUUGCAAGCACACUGCCAUCAGGUUCAGCUCGCUGGUGCUGCUGACUGAAGCAGUGAGCGAAUGGUUCAGUGAGAGCUCCACGACCGAAGCAAGGAAGAAGAGACUGGCAUUUUGUAGAUUUCGACAGAAGACCAUCAUAGAGAAAUACGAGCAGCUCUCCUCCAAGCUCUCGACGUACCAGGAGGCAGUGGAUGGGAUGCGGAGAGCUGCCUUGCUGACGGAUGGGAUUCUUCACGAAGAGAGAGAUUGGUCACCUGAUCAAGAUGCUCCUAUCGAGAAAGAGUUGUAUGCUGCCCUGAAGAGUGCUCUGGAAGAGUUGGAUACACUGAGAGAGUCGGAGAAAGAGAGGAUGAGGCUGCAAGAUGAAUGCGAGAAGCUCAAGAAGGAGACUGCGAGGGCGUGGAAGGAGGCGAGGGAGUGCAUCUCUCAGAUCAAGUUGAACCUGUCGUCUUCCAACAUGUUGGAUACAUCACAGACAGGGUCCUACCAUUAG